AUGCCCGCGGUAGCAGAAGACGCACCUCCAUCUGCAACCUGGUCUGUAAUUCUUCGGCUCCUGAUCGACGGUGCCGUUCCAGCAGUAGUUUUAAAACAAGUCCUCGUGCGGCCUGUGCAGGGUGGUACUGGUCUGUUCUUGCGGAGCGAGAGACGAUCGCGCAGCCGACACAUCGAUGCACAUCAGUUCAGGAGGAAUUACCGCGAGCGACGACGUUGCGCGUGGACUGGCGAUACCGGUUGGGCCAGCUGUUGGUGUCUCGCGGAGGAAUCGACAGCGAAAAACGACGUCGAGCGCAUGGCGACUGGGCUGGAUCACUGGAUGCAGGGAUGUUCUGACCGUCUCGCCGCCGCCGCCCACGACAACAUCGGAUCGCGCUGCCGCAAGCGCAAAGUGCCGCGCAGCGCAGCCGUGGUUUUACCGCCAUUAAACCGCCCGCUUUUGUCCAUGCUCUUGAGUAGUUUGGUACAUGGUGUCCCUUUGACGAAGUCGUGGGGCAUCGGUCUGUUGAGACGCAGGAGACCCCGCUGGAACAGUGACGAGGAGGUGCCGCCCAUGACGAAGCUGGGUGCCAUCGUAAGCCUCGCACGCACUUCGUCGUCAGCUAACUUGCCGUCCCCGAAUCGAGAGCCGAGGAAUUCAGUGGCGGCAAAAGCCGUAGACGGGAGGGAUCCCAGGUGCCGAAUUCCAGGGCGAAACUCGCAGAUUUGCGGUGCUGGUGCCGAUGACCUUUCGCCAGGGUUACGUCCGUCGGCAACGACCAAUGGUGUAGGCAUCUCCGUCCGCGCUUUUGGUCGUGUCGGUCAGGCGUGA